AUGGCAAAGAAGAGAAAGGCUGGCGGAACUGCCCUAGCUCACCGCAGCAAGAACCCUAUUGAGGGCGAAAACUCGAGGUUUGCGGCAGAUGCAAGAUUUGAGAACUCUGAGGAUGAAUUCGAAGCUGGACGAGACCGUGUUUUGCUUGAAGAACGCCCGGAGGUGAAACGCAGGCGGAAGCUGGAAGAAGACGAGCGGUUACUGCAACUAUCAGACGAAGAGGUUCACGGGUACCUAUCCGAGUCAGCAUCGGAGGAUGAUUAUGAUUACGGGGAUGAAGAAGGGGAAGAAGAAGUAGAAAGGGAAGAUAAAAGCGCACAAUCAAAGAAGAAACUCCCGAAGCUACGACGAAGAGAAGAACUGAGUCCUGACCUCCUUGAUGACGGUAAGAAACCGGAGGAAGACGAGGAAGAAGGGAUCACCGCAUGGGGAGUAUUGAAAUCGGACUACUACAAUGCCGACACAAUUGAGACAGAGGGAGAUGCGCUAGAAGAAGAGGAAGAAGCCAAGAAGAUCCAGCUGAAAAAAAUACAGUCCAUGACGGAUGCUGAUUUUGGAUAUGACGAAUCCGAAUGGCUUGACAGUAUGAAAGGGGAUGGGGAAACAUCGAAAGACUCCAUAUCGCAUGGAAAAACCAUUACAGAGCUACUCCCAGAAAUACAGAUACCUGAUGACAUGAGUGUCGAGGAGAGGUUGGAUAUUUUAUCGAAGCGGUACCCUGAGUUUCUACCUCUGUCACGGGAUUAUGCAGAGCUUCAGCCUCGAUACCGAGAACUCUCUGUGGCAGUUGAUGGGCCUCGGAAGACUUGCAAGGAAACCCUGGGUGAGAAGACACCACUGUCCGUUCUGCAAUUCCGUGCAUUAGCUGCCUACCUUGGAGUCAUCAGCAUGUAUUUUGUGCUUUUGACUUCCCCUGCCCGAAAUGGCACUGAAAGCUGUCUAGCCUUACCACCAGCGGAACUCAGAGAACACCCCGUCAUGGAUGCAUUGGUUGCCUGUCGAAAAACCUGGGAACAGGUAAAAGAUUUGCAAGAGAUUGAAGAAGAGCCAUCUGAUAUUGAAAAAGAGGAAGAAAUUUCUAUCAAAAUUCCAGCCAAAAAAUCGUCACUAGACAAACCAUCAAAGGUGGCCAAAGCUGUGAAAAUACCCAAAAAAUCAAAGGCUCAGAGAUUGAUGGAAGAGGCGCAGGCAGUUGUCGAGUCGCAGCGUGCUGAAAAACUCAACCAGACUGAGCUUGGCCUACAGGAAUUAUCUAGGCUGCUGGAUCAGGGAAAUUCGUCAAGGCUAGCUUCGCAGCGUGAGCCACGGCUUCAUGACGAUGACUCCGAUUUUGGAGACGAGACUAGACUUACUGCUCACGAAGUUGCCGAGAAAGCUAAGAAGAAGAAAUCACUACGCUUUUAUACCUCCCAGAUUGCCCAAAAAGCAAACAAGCGCGAUGCUGCCGGUAGACAUGCUGGUGGAGAUACAGAUCUACCAUACAAAGAACGAAACAAGGACCGUCAGGCUCGUCUUAACGAGGAGGCACAGAGGAGAGGACGCAUGGAAGCAAAUGAGAACGAGCGCCUUGGCGGUGAUACUGAUGAAGAUGACUAUCGGAUGGCAAGAGAAGUUCGCGGUGAGAUGGAUGGUUCUAACAGCGACAAUUACUAUGACAUGGUUGCCUCUCGUCAGAAGCAAAAGAAAGCUGACAAGAAGGCAUUAUUUGAAGCGCGUGCCCUUGCUGCUAAGGAGGGUGGCCGUGUGGAGAUCCAAGAGGAGGUUGGCCCUGAUGGCAAACGUGCCAUCACCUAUGCUAUUGAAAAGAACAAAGGAUUGGCACCAAAACGAAGUAAGGAUAUGCGAAAUCCUAGGGUGAAGAAGAGAAAGAAGUUUGAGGCCAAAAAGAAGAAGCUUGGAAGCAUGAAGCAGAUCUACAAGGGUGGUGAAGGUCGUGGUGGAUAUGGCGGAGAGUUGACGGGUAUCAAGAAGAAUUUGGUAAAGAGUGUAAAAUUAUAG